AUGGAUGACAAAAACUACUACAACAACCAUCAAAGACAGCAACGGCCCUCCCCCUAUACCUAUUUACAUUCAAAUACUUUCCAAGGACAAUCGACGCCUGUGGCUGGGCCAAGCAGUAGACGUGAAUCACCCCAACAACCAAAUUAUCUGUGGCAACAAUCGGAGGAUUACGAAGAGAGGGAAAGAGAUCAACAAGAAUAUAUUAGCUUUGUGAAUCAAAGACGGCCCUAUUCUCGAACAUCUGACACGGCUAGCAUUCAAUUUUUGAACGACGAUAGAUUACGUCAAAACGAAAGAUCAGGUAGAAGAACUGCAGAUAGCAUUGGCAUUGCUGGGGUUGGUGGGAGUCGAAGACAACUCGAAAGGGACGAACCUAAAGAGUUGUUUGCUGAAGACGUUGCUCAAAUUCGAGUUACCGAGGUGGGGAAAUAAUAUUUUUGGGUGGUUUUGAGUUGAAUAAAAUAGUGUUGACUAUAUAGAGAUUUUUGGUAUUAAAGAGGUUUGAAAUAGGGUUCGAUAUUACGGGGUGGGGUUGAGUUUACGGGGAACGGGGAUUGCGGGGAUUUAGUGUUCGGGGGAACGGGUGGGGAGGAAUAAGGGAAAUGAGCUGCGGGGACGGGGAACGGGGGCUCUGGGGGGAGACCUCCCUCCGUUCCCCGGGGAAUUCCCUGCCCCAAGGAACGGGGAUCGAAUCCUAAUUUGAAAACGCUAAAAUUUUUGGGAUUACAGAUCCGUCAAUUAAUUUUCAAGCAAUUUUCUCAUAUUAUUUUCACCCUUAUUUUCUCAUUUUCUUUUUUACUCAUUCAAUUUUACGCUCCAUUUCUUAUUUAAUUUUACCCUAUUUUUAAAUGAGUGCCAAUAACAUUUCUUCUCUUCAAAAAAAUACUAAAUAGUAUCUUCCCAACAAUUAUCCAUUCCCUUGAGUAUUUUCUUUGAAAAUCUUUAAAAAAUAUAAUAAGCCUCGAAGGAAGAAUAUUAAAAGAUUAUUUAAGGAAAGGGCCGUUUUGGCGUGGUAGAAGUUGGCGCAAGUGUUGAUAAAAUAGGAAAAUAGGAGCCUAAAUCUGUAAAAUUCUGAAUGAAUAUCUUUAGUAAUGUUAGCUAGCUUCUUUAAAAGUUUUAAAAUUUUUGGUAA